AUGUCUGGCGUUGUACUCUUCCUUCGAAUAUUGGUGCACCAUUUCAGAUUGGUAGACUUAAGGUGGGACCCGCGUCUGGUCGAGCUGACGACGGCGCUGAAGAUGAGGAUCCCGGAGGUGGUGGAGGAGCGGUGUCGGCGGGCGCAGCAGCGGGCAAACUGCGGCCUCCUGGCGCAAACACACCACGCCUGGGCUAGUGCUGAUGACCUCCUGCACAUUUGGGACUAUCACCGGGAGAACCCCGAGGUCCUGAUGGUGCCGGCCGACUCAGCCAUCGUCUCCGUCGCGGCGGUGCCGCCGCGGCCCGGGAUCUUCGACCGCAGCGUAAACUGGCUGCUCGUGAUCUGCACCAGGCUCACCGUGAGCCUGGUCGGCCUGCAUCACACGCCCUCGGCCUCGAGGCUCUAUAGGGAGAGCAGGGAGACCUCCAGCUCCAGCCGCAGAGCAAAGGAAGGCCCACCAGGCAUGACCGGUGCCGGUGGCUACCUGCCGCCAGGAGGCGGCUCCAGCACGGCCCCAGCACAUGCGGAGUCUCUGCGGCUGGUGGCCCUCGAGGGCUACAGCGCCCGGUUGUAA